AUGGUUCGGGAAACCAGACACCUUUGGGUGGGAAAUUUACCCGAACAUGUUCGAGAGGAGAAAAUUGUCGAACAUUUUAAACGCUAUGGACGCGUCGAGAGCGUCAAGGUCCUGCGGAAGCGUGGGUCGGAGGGUGGCGUGGCAGCCUUUGUGGAUUUUGUGGAUAUCAAAAGUGCACAGAAGGCUCACAAUGCUGUCAACAAGAUGGGGGACAGGGACCUGCGCACUGACUACAAUGAACCUGGGUCUGUCCCUAGUGCUGUUCGGGGCCUUGAUGACAACCCCCCCUCAAGCAGUCACGGGCGGGAUGUUUCAGGAUUCUCUAGGGGGGCAGUGGGUCCAGUGUUUGGCCCCCCAGUGUCCAUUCACACCAGAGAGGGGCGUUAUGAACGGAUAAGAGAUGGCUCAGAGAGCCGGGAGCGUGCAUAUGAUCACAGCCCCUAUGGACACCAUGAGCGCGGUGGCACUUUUGAUAGACAGCGUCACUACAACGCAGACUAUUACCGCGAUCGCACCAUGUUUGCAGCUGGAGUUAGCCCUGGGCCAGGAAGCGCCGGCGCUAUGGGUGGGAGCUUUGAAACCCCGGAGCCUCAUUUUGAGUCCAGGAUCCGAGGAGAUCCCUUCACCUUGUCUAGUGCUGCGCGGCGUGACCCCUAUCGAGAUGACCGAGGGCGUCGUGUUGACAGAACUUACCAUCGCCGCAGUCGGUCAUCUCAUUCUUCACAAUCUCGACACCCCUCCCCGCAAAGGACCACGGGGCAAACGCCCAAAGCCCCCCAUUCCCCCAAAAGAGCCCCCCUCUCCCCAGGUAGAGGUCCACGCUCUAGGUCUCGUAGUAGGUCCUCUAGCUCUGAUUCUGUCAGCAGCACCAGCAGUACCGGCAGUGGCAGCAGCGAUUCAAACAGCAGCUCAAGUGAUGGGUCUCAUGCACGCUCUGUUCAGUCCUCUGCUACACAUGCACCCCCCUCUCAGCCGUGCUCUAUGGUUAUGGAAGGUGACGAACCACGCAGAAGCUUUGGCAUCCGGGUGCAGAACCUACCAGUGCGCUCCACAGACACAAGUUUAAAAGAUGGACUGUUCCAUGAGUUCAAGAAACAUGGGAAAGUGACAUCCGUGCAGAUCCACGGGGCCUUGGAGGACCGAUAUGGUCUGGUGUUCUUCAGACAGCAGGAAGACCAAGAGAAAGCCCUCAACGUCUCCAAAGGAAAGCUUUUCUUCGGCAUGAUGAUCGAGGUUUCUGCCUGGAACGGCCCUGAAACAGAGAGUGAGAAUGAAUUCAGGCCUUUGGAUGGACGGAUUGAUGAAUUUCACCCCAAGGCGACUAGGACCCUGUUUAUCGGCAACUUGGAGAAGACCACCAGUUACCAACAACUACUUGAUAUCUUUCAGCGCUUUGGAGAGAUUGUGGAUAUUGACAUUAAAAAGGUUAAUGGUGUUCCUCAAUACGCCUUUGUGCAGUAUUCUGAUAUUGUCAGUGUCUGCAAAGCUAUAAAGAAGAUGGAUGGAGAGUAUUUGGGGAGCAACCGGCUCAAGCUGGGUUUUGGGAAGAGUAUGCCCACAACAUGUGUUUGGCUGGACGGUUUGGCUUCCAACAUCACAGAGCAAUAUCUCACACGUCACUUCUGCCGCUAUGGACAUGUAGUCAAGGUGGUGUUUGACAGGUUGAAGGGGAUGGCUCUCAUCUUGUAUAACAACACAGAUUUUGCACAGGCAGCUGUCAGGGAGACCAAAGGCUGGAAGAUUGGCGGCAACAAAAUCAAGGUGGAUUUUGCCAGCCAGGAGAGUCAGAUGGCUUUUUAUCGCUCUAUGCAGGCCUCUGGGCAAGACAUUAGAGACUUCUACGAAAUUCCAACUGAAAGAAGAGAGGAACGACCAAGACCUCCAUACCAUGAGUUCUCAGCAGAAAGAGCCUACUUUGAGAAUGCACGCACCCCUGGCACCAUUUACCCCGAAGAUCCUCGCCGAGACUAUCCUGCCCGCAGCCGUGAGCGGUAUUCUGAACUGGAGCACUACCAGGGAGAACACUUUGACCCACGCUACCAUGAAGACCCCCGGGAGUUCAGGGAUUAUCGAGAUCCUUUUGAGCAGGACAUUCGGAAGUACACAUACAUCCAGAGGGAGCGAGAAAGGGAGCGGGAGCGCUUUGAGGCAGACCAUGGCAUGUGGAGCCCCUCUCAUCCACGGCGCCCGAUCACCCCUUCUGCCUCCCCUUCACCAUCUGAGCGUGCUCCCAGAGACCCAGAGCGACGGGUCUACAGUCAAUCCUCUGAGCGAAGUGGUAGUUGCAGCUCACUCUCACCACCACGCUUUGACAAGACUGACAAGGCUCCUCCUUUGGAACAUGGAGCCAGCUCUAAGAGUGAGAGGUUGGAAAAAGACAUCCACCUGGUUGAACCUGAGCGUGUUGCUGGGGCUGAGAAGAGCAAGCGGGGGAGACGAAAGGAGAAAGGUGACAAAGAAAAAGGGGAGAAGAGUAAGUCAAGGAAAGCAAAGGUGCAAUCUCCCAGCAUCCCACCAUCUGAGACAGAGCUAGAACCCAGCCUGGAUGGAGGCUCUGGAAGGGGAAAGGUGUCAGACCAGGACAGCCUUGACAGACAGCGGUAUAAAGGUGACAACGACCCUCCUUCAGAUCCGACAACGUCAACCUCUCGCCAUGAGCCUGUAAAAAGUGAGAGGCUUGAGUCGGGGAAAGGUGAGAACGCAGACAAGGAUGGUAAAACACGAUCCAGAAAACACCAAAAAUCUGACACGGGAAAUGAUGGGAAAGAUCCAUCAGUGGAUUCUGAUCGGUUGGCUGCGAGGAAGAGGCGCUUUGGAGAUGCCAGUGGGAGAACCAUUCGACAGAAGAGGAGAAGGCUGGAAGAUGAGGAUGGGAGUCAACCCCAAGACUUUGGAGCUAGCACUGCCUUUACAAAAGAGAUUGAUGGUGACAGAAAGUCUCAGCAAAAAGACUCUCAGCGGAGGGAUUCAAGAUCCAAAUCAGAGAGACUGGUGUUUCUUGGCAGUCAUAAAGAGGGUCAGGAUCCUGCAAUGAGAGGACAAGAAGAGCUGCCCGAGGGGAGCAUGGACCCUAUGGACUCAAAACGCCACAGUAUGUCCAGAAGGUUCUCCCAUGAUGGGAACAUGGACCAAGACAAUGCAAGAAAUCAAGAUCCACAGAGUCCUUUCAAAUAUGGUGCACAAGACAAUGACAAGGGUGUCAAGGAAGAGCCUCUGGAUAUUGAUCUCUCCCAAAGUUACCGCAAACAGAUGGAGCAAAGGAGGCUCCACCAACAGCUUCAAGAGCCAGACAAACAAGAAAAAGCUGGGAGUCCACAAGGCUUAGAAACGGAGGACCUGGAACACCGCAGUCUGGUACAUGAAGUGGGCAAGCCACCUCAAGAUGUCACAGAUCAUUUCCCAUCUCAUAAACUCAAGAAACUAGAGCAAUUUGAUGCAGAUAUCAGUGCCAAGAGGGGGGACCGUGUCUACAGGAGCUUCCGGCAAAAGAGUGAAGAUCCUGAGUGGCACAACACUGCAUCUCCAGGCUUGCAACACUUCUCUCAUCAUGCUGAGCAGGACUUUGCUGAAUCUUCACAUCUCAGGGAGGUUAAAACGGAGGAUAAAAGCCACCCAGACCUGGAGCUGGCAGUCAAAAGGACACAUACAACGCAAAUGUCCAAGCCAAGCACUCCUUUACAACUUAGUGAAGAAGAGCGGGAAAAACAGUGGGAGAGCAGAGUCAAGCAAGAUUUUUUACCUGACUUAAACUUCUCCAGAGGCAUUGGAAAAAAUACACACAAUCGCAAGCGUUUGGAGUAUGGAAUUUUGCAAGAUUUGGAGCCUGGGGAAGUACGAUCCGAUUCCGAAGAGGAUAGAGAGCACAAACCACAAUCUCCUAUGCCCUCCACUUCUAUGCCUUUCUCUGACGGGCAACGAGUGGACAGAUUUUCAGACCCCAAGCUUGCCACUUUGGAGAGGAUGAAGUUCUACUCCUUUGCACUUGACCAGACCAUCACACCAGAUACCAAGGCCCUGCUAGAGCGAGCAAAGUCUCUGUCCUCCUCUAGGGAGGACAACUGGUCUUUCUUGGAUUAUGAUUCACACUUUGCUGGUUUGCGCAGCAGGAAAGAUACUGAAAAGGUUGAGUCAGCACCACGGCCUACACCCUCUUGGUACAUGAAGAAGAAGAAGAUUCGCAGUGGUGGGUCUGAAGACAAACUAGAUGACAGGAAGGAAGACCCCAAGCCCAAGCCAGAGGAACAUGAACGCAGGGAACUGUUUGCCUCCCGUUUCCUACACAGCUCAAUCUUUGAGCAGGACUCAAGACGUCUUCAGCACCUAGAGCGAAAGCAUGAGGACCCUGAGCAAAGUCCGGCUCAACAAACUGGUCAGCUAGGCCUGGCAGAUGGGCAGCCUGACACAGAACCAGUUGUCCUCUUCCAUAGCCGCUUUUUAGAGUUCACGCGGCUGCAACAGCAGAAAGACCAACAGUUACAUGAAGUAAAAAGAGCAGAUUCUGUAGAUAGUAAUAGGUUGGAGAAGUCACUGGAGGCAGAACAGCAACCUCUGCAGUUUCCUAAAACCUCAGAACCGGUCAUGGAUCCAGAGACUAAACCUACUAGCCCUGCUGAGAACCACAUGAUUUCCCAGCCCCCACUUAUGCCCAAGGAGAUGUCUCCACCUAAGCAAAUGUCUCCACCCCUUCCACCCAAGGGGAUGUCUCCACCCAAGGAAAUGUCUCCACCCCUUCCACCCAAGGUAAUGUCUCCACCCCUUCCACCCAAGGUAAUGUCUCCACCCCUUCCACCCAAGGUAAUGUCUCCACCCCUUCCACCCAAGGAAAUGGCUCCACCCCUUCCACCCAAGGAAAUGGCUCCACCCCUUCCACCCAAGGAAAUGACUCCACCCAAGCACACGUCUCCACCCCUUCCACCCAAGGAAAUGUCUCCACCCAAGCAUACGUCUCCACCCCUUCCACCCAAGGAAAUGUCUCCACCCAAGCACACGUCUCCACCCCUUCCACCCAAGGAAAUGUCUCCACCCAAGCACACGUCUCCACCCCUUCCACCCAAGGAAAUGUCUCCACCCAAGCACACGUCUCCACCCCUUCCACCCAAGGAAAUGUCUCCACCCCUUCCACCCAAGGAAAUGUGUCCACCCAAGCAUACUUCUCCACCCCUUCCACCCAAGGAAAUGUCUCCACCCCUUCCACCCAAGGAAAUGUUUCCACCUCUUCCACCCAAAGAGAUGUCUCCAAUAGUGGAAACACAUGACCAGUUUACUCCAGAGCCAAAGGGUCCAGAGCCAGCUGCACCCGAACCUUUGACAAAAGAAAACAGAGAAAAUGAACAGCUCCCUCCCCUCCUGCAAAUACCUCCGUGUGAGAUGUUGACCCCUGCUUCUGUUAAUUUAGUAGCCCCUGAGCACAUCCGUUCUGUGAGAAAAGUUAAAAGAACCCCUAGUGGAGAGAAAUCUGAAGAUAUAGCUCAGGAUAUUCAAAUAUUGAACCCCGAGCAGUCUUCCAGCAGUGAUUGCCUUCAUGAAACAUCAGUGAGUAGUUUUGUACCAGAGCCUGAGCUGGCGGCACCUGAAUUACCACCUGUAUUUUUAAGUUCCACACCACCUAACCCUGUUGAGGAGAUGGAGGUUUCAAAAUAUGAUACCAACACUGACAAUACAGACACUCAUACAGAGGUGGAAAAGAAACUUGAACUCAAUCAGACCCAGGUGCUUGUUGAUAAUGAAACCAGUGAUGAGUCAAUUUCACCACCUCAAAAGUCCAAGAACAAAAAGAGUAAGUCUCCUACUCAAGUCCCACUGACUCCUUUGGUUUCAACAACUAGUUCAGAGAAACCGCUUACCCGCAAGAGUGAACGCACAAAACGUGCAUCAUCCCCAAGAGCAGAGUCUUCAAAGGGAAACUCAGAUUCCAAAUCCACAGGCAAGUCUCCCAUACAUGGAGCAGACCCUGAACAUGGCACAGAGCAGAGUAUAUCUGUUGGAAGAGCAAGGCGUAGAAAUGUGAAAUCUGUGUAUGCCACCCCAGUUGAGGAAGAUGCCACUAAGGGGGCUGGAAAGGAUGUAACUGAGUCACCCCGCACUGCACGGAAACGAGGUGGAGACAAAGACAAGGAAGCAGCCCCUCAGCAACCGUUAGAGCAGGAUUCCCUUGCACCUAUUACUUCAAGGCGGGGACGUCCCCCUAAGAAUCGGCGACAAGGAGAGGACAUGUUAACAGCUAAAGGGGAUAGAUCGAAAAUGGAGACCAAGGAUACAGACUCCAAUGAAUCAGAGAGUAGUGAAAGAAUUUCAAAAGUGUCAAAAGGCAGACAUUCUCCUCAUGGUCAUAAAGCUUUGGCAAGUCAAUUACCCAUGCCCAUAGCGACUGGAUCAAGUAGGAAGGGGGACAAAACUGAACCGCCUGAAGAUGUUUCUCAGCAGAUGGAUUUUACAGAAGACAGUUUGGCCAUGCAGAAUUGCACUGUCUCAUGUAAGGAAGAUACUGUAGCACCAGGUGUGACAAAGAAAGAGGAGAAUGUUAAGCAACAACUAGGAACAGAGAAAUCACGAGAUAAAGACAGGCAGAAAAAGGACCCUGUUGACGAGAAAGCCAGUGUAACUAAAUUUGGCGAGAAAGAGUCUGAACCACCAGUUGUGGAAGAACAGCCUGUAUUGGAGAAAAUGGAGAAGAGUGGGAGAGGAAAAGCUCCACGCUUGACACGGACUCCAAAAUCUCCUGUCCUCAAGAACCUGAAGAUCAGACUAAAUGUCACUGAGGUGAAAGAUUUGCUUCAAAUGGGGGAUGAAGAACCUGAAAAUGGGGAUGAUUCUUCUAAAAAGACCAAACCAGGCGAAUCUACUAAUGACCCAUUAUUAGAGUCUAGCCCAGGAAAAGAUGUGAGUUCUAGCAACGAGGAUAAAGAUGAGAGCACACCAGAAACUAAGCCACCAAUAGAUCCUAAAACUUUGCUACAACAGGAACAGGAGCUUGAGCAAGCUGUGGAGAACAUUGCUAAACUGACAGACCCAACCCUCCCAGCAGAGUCACCAACUCCACUUGCCCCACCAUCUGCAGAAUUAAAAAUUGACACUGAAGAAGAGAAAUCUGCCAAUCCUGCUAGUGAGUAUGAACUUGCUGCUGCCAUUGAUUCGAUUAUGGGUGAGGAUAUACCCGUCCCUCUGCCUCAAGAGCCGGUAAUUAGUGCUGUUGUGGAUUCAGACCUAGAGAUUCCAUCCUUCGUCCAGCCGACCAAGGGAGCUGAACCUGUUAGUAACAUAUCCCCUAUUCAGGGGGAGUCCUUUUUCCCAACUACACCCAGGAAGGGUGCUAAGGGCAGAGCUAAAACACCGAAACGGUCUAAGAGCCAAAAAUCAAACAAAAAGGACGCUGUAAAAGAAAUUUCAUCAGAACCGGAGAACACUUCUGUUAUCACAUCAGACAGCAUACCCUCCAAUUCACAGCCUGUUCCAGAAACUAUUCCCUCAACCCCAGUUGCCGGUGUCAUUACAACCACCUCUUGGAAGCCUAAAACUGAGCAUUUGGCUCCUAAGGCUACGGACAUGCCUAAAGAAUCGAAGUUACCUCCAGUCCUUACAGAGCAACCUCCACCUCAACAUCUGAAACCUGUCUGCCCCCAAACAAAAAGUCCCACUCUCCCAAAGCCUCAACAACAACCACCACCACCACCUGAGUGCAUCUCACCUUCACUUUCUCCACCCCCAACCCGGCCAAACAUCAGGCCCACACAACCAAGCAGGAUACCAGUUUCCCCACCAGAUUGGCUCAACCAGUCCAAGGACGCAGGUGUCCCUUCCUCUCCUAGAGCAUCAGCAGCUUCCUUUGAGAACCCAGCAAUUCCCUCUGACACUGAGCCCUUGGAGACUGAGCGUAACAACAGUGACUUGCGUAGGAUUCUCAUGAAGCACAAAAAUGUUUCACUCCCAGUCCCAUGCAGUAGUUCUGUUCCUAGCAAUUUGGGCACCUUAUCCCUUAGGGAUCCUCCACACCUACCUGAAAGUAAUACCCCAAUGGUUGCUGUGACGAGUAAGACCUCUCUUAAUGACAACAGGCCUCAUCCAGCUCAGCCUGUAGUCCGGCCCCCAGCCUCACUACCAUCCCCUGAGUCAAAGUCUGUCAUUUCUGUUAUUGCCUCCACUGCCACCUCUGUUAUCAGUCGUGUUUGCAAUCCACCUGACAUGGAGAAGGUUAAUAUGUCAGUUGACAGAAAUCCCAUAGUGGACAUGCCACUUCCCAAGCAGACAUACAGGCCGCCCAGCAUGGAGGACAGGGACAGUGGUUCGUACCAUGGACCAUCAGUUGGCGAGGAGGGUGGAAGUGCUGGGAGGUACUUGGUUGAGAGCUCUGGUCUGGGUACUGGCUCCAGCCCAGGUCUAAGGGUGAAUACCUCAGAGGGAGUGGUGGUGUUGAGUCACUCAGGACAGAUCAAGGAGGGACCACAGAGGAUAAGUGCCAAAAUCAGCCAGAUCCCACCAGCUACUGUAGUUGACAUGGAAUCUCAGCAGCUAGUGUCCAUGCCCCAGAUAAAACAGGAGAUGUAUACCCACUCCCAGUCAAACACUCCAAAGUGUCCUCCAAUACAGACAGACCAUGGGCACCUUAAGACGCAACAAACGGUUUCCUCCAUUAAACAAGAAAACACUGGUAUGGAAAAGUUAGAAUCUCCCUACCCAUCAGGGCCUCAAGGAGGAGUCGUGAAGAGGCUUCAGCAGACAGUUGGUAAUCCACAAGGGAUGGGUUACCAUCAUUCAGAGUUCACAAUGUUAUUGAAGCAUCCAAAGAAAGUGGAUGGGGCUGACGCUAUGAACGCUGAUGGGUGUAAACCAUCUUGGACCUCUGCCAUAAGUCCUGCAAUGAGCCUGCCCUCUCCGGCUGGCAACCAUGUAGGCUUUGUUCCCGGUUCGGCCACUGACAGAACUCCCUCACAUCUCAGUGGGGUCAAACAGGAGCCCCGUUCUCCUCGCAAGUUAGGCCAUCCACAUUCUCCGUUCACUAAAGUGUCCUCUCCCAUCGGCUCCUCCUCUCCCAAAGGUCUCCCUGGGAUGCUGCCCUCUAGCUUGCCCGCCAUGCAGCAAUAUGUCACCAGUGUUCACCACCCUGAGCAGUCUGUCAUCAUGCAACCUCACAGUGCUCACGGUGGCAUUGGAAGGAUGUCACCCCAUCGUGCCUCCCAAGCAAUCCCCAUGGGGCACCUUGUCCAAGGAGAGGUCAGGGUGAACACGCCACCCCUAUCUGUCAUGAGUUUCGGGAUGCAUGGAGACCCUCUUGUCUCUCCCUGGUCUGGUCCUCUCCAGCAACGCCCCACCUCGCCCCAGGCGGUAGGCAGAGACAUAGUCCUCAAGGUUAAUCCUGGGAAUGUGAGGGGCCAUGAGGGUGAGCAAGACGAUGCCAGGCGCUUCCAUCAGGCCACAGGGAGACAAUCUGCCACACAGCUGAAAGCAGAGACUAUGCAGCCGGAUCCCCGUGGGGCUCUACUUAGCGGGCUGCAGCUGGACCCGUACAUGUCGCCCAGGGACUUACGUGUGCUCAUGCACCACCCUCAGGGAGAGCGCUCGGCCCCAGAGCCACACCAGGGACACAUCCAAGAGACUGUCCCACCCUCCUCAACAUCGACCAACAUCACCUCGUCGAUGUCCCCGAGGGCACAUCUGCUGGCUAAAGGUGUGUCCGAGAAGGAUGUCACAAAGCCACAGGAGGUCAAGAGGCCACACUCUCCUCCGAAGGAUGGGAUGAUGGGGUUUCGGCCAAGUAUGGCCGCCAUGGCGUCCCCCCAAAGGGUGCAGCUGCUGCCAUCGGGGACGGGAGCUUCUUUCUCGGAGUAUCCAGGAAUUUACACCAACACCCGGGCCAUCCAUUCACAGAUCACUGAGACCUCUCCUUUUGGGAUCAACCAGGUACCUCUCAACAUCACUUCUGCCUUAGGUGCAGAUCCCAGCCAGUCACAAGCUGAUGUCAAGGUGAAACAAGUUGGACAGCAACCUGUGAACAUGGUGCAGCUGCUCACGAAGUACCCGAUAGUGUGGCAAGGGCUGCUGGCACUGAAAAAUGACCAGGCUGCUGUCCAGUUGCAUUUUGUCUGUGGCAACAAAGGAUUGGCCCUACGGUCACUGCCCCUACCAGAGGGAGGAUCGCUGCUUCGGAUCGUCCAGAGAAUGAGACUCGAGGCGUCACAACUGGAUGGUGUGGCUAGAAGAAUGACACAGGGGGAGAGUGAGUUCUGUCUCCUGCUUGCUCUGCCAUGUGGACGGGACCAGGAGGAUGUCCUGAACCAGACCCAGGCCCUAAGAACCGCUUUCAUCAACUACCUUCAGGCCAAGCUGGCUGCAGGCAUCAUCAAUGUCCCCAACCCAGGCUCCAAUCAGCCUGCCUACGUGUUGCAGAUAUUCCCACCAUGUGAGUUUUCAGAGAGCCACCUAUCCCGGCUAGCCCCUGACCUCCUCAACCGGAUCUCCAAUAUCUCCCCUCACCUCAUGAUUGUCAUCACCUCCGUUUAAGGACCCCCUCCCCCAGCAGGAAAAGGGAACCACCUCUUUUCUUCAGUGGACGUACUUAACAUUGAGCCUCAGGAACCAAGAGGAAUGGCAGGAUCUUUGCUCCUGGAGACACUGGGAACAUGUAGGAAUAACGUCCUAUUGGAACUUUUACCUUUUCCAUAUCAACUAUUUUUUUUCUUUUUUUUUUUUGGUCACUCCUGGUAUUUUUGUCCUUCUCAAAAGAGCGAGCUCAGGGAUGGACCAGACCAGAGCCCUAUGUGUCCAUUCUUAUUGGACUUUUUUUUUCUUUUUUUUUUUCUGCUGUCUUUGUAUUUAUUGGGGAGUUUUAUUUUUACGUAGGGAGAUACUUUGAUGAAAAGAAUGAGUGACUAACUGUGUGGCCUUUUUUUUCUUCAUCUUUUUAAUGGUUCAUUUUUCAAUUCUUCAUAAGAAAGGAUCAUAGGUCAUUGUACAACAAUGGCAAAAAUAGACAUUUCAACAUGUAUUUAAACAAACGUCAUUUUUCAGCCUAUCCCAUAGAGGAGAAAGAAUUAACCUCAAAAUACUAUUAGGGCACCCUAAUAGGGUCAUGUCUCAAAUGGCUCCCUACUCCUCAUAUAGUGCACUACUUAGGGCCCUGGUCAAAAGUAGUACACAAAGGAAAUAUGGUGCCAUUUGGGACUCAGAUCUUGUAGAGAGGACAGUGUCAGCCUAACAAACCCCUUUGAUUCCACCAGCUCUACUGUUCCAUUUUCUCUCUACUCAAACCAGACGAGGCUCUUCCCUUCCACCUGUUUCAGCAUUAUACGAGCAACAGUGGGAUUAAAGAGUUUUUGGAAUACUGGACUCUGUAAAUAUUUUAAAUAUUUAAAACGGACUAAAUGGAACUUGAGAUGACUUGACACCAAGAGACUUCCAACCAACCGUGGAAAUACAAGAUGGUGAGGUGGGAUUGUUGGGGUUGUAAGGAAGGACGCAGAUGAAACCCCUUGAUUUCGUGGAGUAAAUGCUUCUAAUACAGCAGGUUGGCAAACUCUCGUGUGGAGUUUGCUGAGGGCACAUCACAUUUUGUUACUCCAAUAAAAAAACAAUCCAGAAAAC